AAUAGUUCGAAGGUAUAACAACAAGGUACCGCAAACGACGGCUACGUGUUAAAAUCAAGUCGAGGCUGGAAAAUUUGAAAUAUUAAAAAACACCGAUCAAUUGUUUACAUUUACCAUAACAUAAAGUAAAACAAAGAGUUAUGCCCCCUCGCGAUAUUUCAAUAUCGGAUACUUUGGAAACUGUUGAAGGCAUUAAGCCGGAAACAUCUAAACAAACUGGCGUUUUAUUCGAAGGUGAUGCGGAUACAGAAGAUUGUGCCCUAUCAGUCGAUGUUACCCAAUUGAAAAAAGCUGAAAACCGUAAAUUGGAGCUAGUCUGGCGUAAUAUAAUAUUAUUUAGCUAUGUACAUGUAGCUGCUUUAUACGGCGCCUAUUUAUUUCUAUUUCAAGCCAAAUGGGCCACGGUAUUCUUUUCAAUUUUCCUGUAUUCGAUUGGGGUUUUAGGUGUAACAGCUGGCGCUCAUAGGUUAUGGGCACAUCGCUCAUAUAAAGCGAAAUGGCCGUUGCGAUUGCUUUUGAUUAUUUUUAACACGUGUGCCUUUCAAGAUGCUGCUUUUCACUGGGUUCGUGAUCAUCGCGUGCAUCAUAAAUUUUCUGAAACCGAUGCUGACCCUCACAAUGCUACGCGCGGUUUCUUCUUCUCUCAUGUCGGUUGGUUACUUUGUAAAAAGCAUCCGGACGUAGUUGCCAAAGGCAAAAGUCUAGACUUGUCUGAUUUAUAUGCGGAUCCUAUAAUAAUGUUCCAAAGAAAACACUACUACGUAUUGAUGCCUUUAGCUUGCUUCAUAUUGCCGACGGUAAUACCUAUGUAUAUGUGGAACGAAAGUUUCAUUAAUUCUUGGUUGGUACCAACAUUAUUUCGAUGGUGUUUCCUCUUAAACGCUACCUGGUGUGUAAACAGCGCAGCUCAUAAAUUCGGUGGACGGCCUUACGAUAAGAAUAUUAACCCGUCUGAAAAUGUGGGAGUGACAGUUUUUACUUUCGGUGAAGGCUGGCAUAAUUACCACCAUGUAUUCCCCUGGGAUUAUAAAACUGGUGAAUGGGGUAAUUACUCACUGAACUUAACCACAGCAUUUAUCGACUUCUUCGCUAAGAUCGGGUUGGCGUAUGAUCUUAAAUCAGUUACUCCCAACAUUAUAGAGAAACGAGUAAAACGUACGGGUGAUGGAACGCACGCUACGUGGGGCUGGGGUGAUAAAGACCUUAGCACGGAGGAUAAAGAAAAUGUUAUAGUCUCAAAUAAGAAAAAUCAUUAGCUUUUCAUGAAACAAACUUCGGGUGUAUUUCAAAAUUAUGCUUUCUAUGUAAUUUUUAUUUAAUUAGUGAGUAAAAUUAAAAAGAAAGAUUUACUGAUAAGAAAA